ACAACAACAGCAGCAGCAGCAACAGCAGCAGCAACAACAGCAACAACAGCAACCCGUCAUCAUGGGCACAGAGUUUAGUCUGGCAUUGGGCAUCUCGUGUCGGGGUGGACGUAUAUCUGGCCAAGAGGUGAUGGAGAUCCCUCAUGGCCUGCUGGAGCUCGCCAAUCACUUCAAGGCCAACUCUAUCCUCAUCGAGGUGCUGGGACCUUUUGCCUGGCUCCCUCCCCGCGCUGAGCCACAAGGCAUUGCUGACCCCGUGCAUGUGCUGAGUGUGGGCGGUACGCUGAACUUCGCCUGCGGCGGCGGCGCGAUGCGACCGUGUGGACCCGGCGAGUUUGCCAACGCCAGCGCGCACAUGGACCUGCCACACGGGCACGUAGCUCGCUGGCACCACCGCAGACACGACUGCUGCAAGGUGGCGAUCAGCGCAAACGCGGAGCGGCGCGUGCUGGUGACGCUUCGCCGCGUGGAUGACAAACACAUCCCAGGCAGCGUGGUUGCACGACGCACGCGGGAACGGCAGAAGCAGCUGACGGCGGUGUUGCCCGUGGACCCGGCCGCGCUCGCCCGCAUAUCCGCACACCAGCAGGAGAUGGGGAAGGACUAUUAUAGGGGAGAGGGAAAAGAGGAUGACCACGCGGUGGGUGUGAGGAAGAAUGGUGAUGGUGACAAUGGUGAUGGUGGUCGGCAGGUGCGCAGGCACGAUAACGAGCAGCAGCAACAACAACAACAACAACAACAACAACAACAAGAGCAGCAGCAGCAGCGAGAAGAAAGGAAGGCAGCAGAUGGGAGCGAGAAUGCGGCGCGCACGCCUGCGUUGGAGCAGGAGCACGUGGUGAAUUUGUACGACACCAUCGCUGUGCACUGGGACAAGACGCGACACAAGCCAUGGCCAAAAGUUGCUGAGUUUCUGGCGUCGCUGCCGCCUGGGAGCCUGGUUGCUGAUGUUGGUUGCGGCAACGGCAAGUACAUGGGCUUGCGCAAGGACAUUGUCAUGCUUGGCAGUGACCGUAGCGUGAACCUCUGUGACCUUUGCGCGCGCCAGGGCCACGAGGUCAGCAUCUGCGACAACAUGACGCUGGCAUACAAGACGGGCUGCUUCGAUGCUGUGCUCUCUGUUGCAGUUCUGCACCACUUUUCAACGCCCGCCCGCCGCAAGCGCGCAAUGUGCGAGAUGGCAGCACUUCUUGUGCCCGGUGGCUCCGUGCUCGUCCAGGCAUGGGCACUCGAGCAGGGUGCAGAGUCACGGCGGGAGUUUCCAUCCCAGGAUGUGUUUGUGCCGUGGCAGCACAAGGGCGAGGAAGAGGAAAUCCCAGCAGAGCAGCAGCUUGCACGCACCCGCCGCGCACACCCAAUCUCAACCCCAGAAGACGCUGUCCCGGUCUACCACAGGUAUUGCCACGUGUUCAGGCAAGGGGAGCUUGAUGCCUUGGCGACAUCGGCAGGACUGCACGUUGAGGACAGCUAUUACGACACUUCAAAUUGGUGCAUUCGCGCAAGGAAACCGCUCGAGUCAUAAAGCGUGUGCUUGUGUGUGCAUGUGUGUGCUUGUGUGGACUGUGUGUCUGUGUUUGUGAUGUGUGUCUGUCAGUAAUGCUAUACUUUUACCUUGUGACCAACUUCUUUGUAUCAACGUUUGUUUAUGCCGUUGCUGCUGGUGCUGUAUACAACCAAGAAGUAACAAAACGGAGAGAAAACAGUCAACCGAAAGCUUGUGGUACGAUAAAUGUAAACGCGA